GGGCUUUUUUUUAAAGAACUCUGAUUAACCAGUUAUCCAUCAAACAUGACUGUGUUAUGAUGGUGACAGUCCUAAUUGCCAUCACCUUCUUGUUGUCUCCUUGUGCAGUUUUUGUGCAUGGAUGCCAAGCAUGGAUAUAAGAAGCCAAGAGAACACCAAUGGCUCUUUCGCUGCCCCCUCAAAUUGCUGCACCCUGGCAAACUUUCAGGUUGAGGGUGAUUUACUGGAUGGUCUGGAGGACAGCACAAAGCUAAUCGGUGUUCAGGUGGUUCUGAUCUUGGCGUACAGCACCAUCAUUUUGUUUGGAGUGACCGGGAACUCCUUGGUCAUCUAUGUUGUCUACAAGUUCCGAAAUCUGCACACGGUCACCAACUUCUUCAUCGUGAACCUGGCCGUGGCGGACCUGCUGGUGAACGCGUUGUGCUUGCCGUUCACGCUGAUGUCCACUCUCUACGGCGAGUGGAAGUUCGGUCAAGCCAUGUGUUACCUGCUGCCCUACGCACAGGGGCUAGCCGUUAACGUCUCCACCAUCACGCUCACCGUAAUAGCCCUGGACCGCUAUCGCAGCAUUGUCCACCAUAUGGAGACCAAAAUGUCCAAAGACGUCUGCGCCGUGGUCAUCGCCGUCACGUGGGUGUCUAGCGCCGUGCUGGCUAGCCCGCUAGCCAUCUUCCGCGAGUAUGUGACCUUUGAUGUGACGCCCGAGCAGAGCAUUCAGGGUUGUGCCGAGAAGUGGCCCGGCAGCAGCGCGGAUGGCACCGUCUAUAGCGUCUCCAUGUUCUUCCUGCAGUACGGCCUGCCGCUCUCCGUCAUCUCCUUCGCCUACACUAGGAUCUGGACCAAGCUUAGGAAGCACGUUAGCCCUGGCGGAGGUCGAAGUGACCGCCACAGGCGCCGACAGAAGACCACGAAGAUGCUGGCCACCGUGGUGGCGGUCUUCGCCAUCAGCUGGCUGCCUUUCCAUGCCUUCCAGCUGGCCGUCGACAUCGACACCAGCGUGCUGGAAAUGAAGGACUUCAAGCUGCUCUACACAGUGUUCCAUGUCAUUGCCAUGUGCUCGGCGUUCGCUAACCCCAUCCUCUAUGGCUGGAUGAACAGGAACUAUAGGGGCGCCUUCGCGGCUGUGUGCAAGUGUGGUCCGGUGGAGAGCAGACUCAGGAGGGUGCAUAGCAGAGACACAGUGAGGGAAAAGGCUCUCACACACCAAAGUACGAUUAGCGUGUUGACACAGGCUAACACGCACCUCUGA